UGAAGUGCUGGGGGUUUUUAAAAUGGUUUCUGGUGCUUCUUUCUUCAUUCUUUCUUUGUUGGGCGUGGGUCUUGAAACUAUGGAAGAAAGGAGAACAACCCCAAGUUUGACAUGAACAAAAUUAAAUAUGUUUAGCUUCGUGCUAUAGUGGUGUGUUUUAAGUGGGUGCUGAUGAGUGAGAACGCAAACCCAUGAAGAUAAUUUCCUGCUUCUUUCCACUUUUUCCCUUUUGUUGAUGUGGCAGCUGAGAAAAGAAAGCCCCUUCAAAAGUGUAAAACCUUUUUUGUUUCUUUGCAGGGUUCAAGGUUUAUUUUGCAACUUGGAGUUGUCCUCUUGUGUUCUCUGGUUCAAGGUUUAUUUUGCAACUUGGAGUUGUCCUCUUGUGUUCUCUGGUUCAAGGUUUAUUUUGCAACUUGGAGUUGUCCUCUUGUGUUCUCUGGUUCAAGGUUUAUUUUGCAACUUGGAGUUGUCCUCUUGUGUUCUCUGGUUCAAGGUUUAUUUUGCAACUUGGAGUUGUCCUCUUGUGUUCUCUGUUCUCAGCAACUAUGUCAGUUGAAAUGUUGCUCCCGGAAGUCAAGCCAGGAAUAGGAAUGUGGUCAUGCCGCCUUACGGUUGUUGAAAAACACAACGUACGCACAGCGAAAAAUUCCCCUAUGAAAUUCAUGCACUUCAUACUGAUGGAUGUUGCGGGAAACAAGGUGCAGGCAGCUGCAUUCCAGGGGGACAUUGCUGUGAUUGAUCAACGUCUUGCUUUGCACUCAACCUACCUUAUCUCAAAUGCUUUUGUAAAGCCAGCCACUGAUCUGCGAUACUGUGUUGAUCUUAAUUACCAGUUUGUUUGGACAUUCACGCGAAGAACCCUCAUUCAGGAUGUUACUCCUGAAGAUGCCAUUGAUUGCGCCCUUCUCCUUGAGGCAGGGACUAAGCCUUUUCGUGAUUUCUAUGACUGCCACUUGCGUAAUGAAAAAAUAAGUGCUCUGGCUGCAGUUGUUCAGAAAUUGCCUCGUGCAUUCAUUGUGACGGAUGGACAUCAGAAACCUGCUUGGGACAUCGUUCUCAUUAAUGAGGAGUGUAUCCCCGUUCCUCUCACUCUCUAGGAAGAUUUUGUCACCAGUCAUGGAACUGAAAUUGAACGACUUCUCGAAGAGGGGGAUCACCCACUGGUUCUCAUUGAAAGGAUUGUUGUCAACCUUUUUCAAGGCCUCACUCUGGCAACCAGAUUUGAUACCCGUUUGGAACUCAAUCCAACUGGUGAACGUGCGCUGUUGUUAAAGAAGUGGCUUGUUGAAAAUGUCCACAAAGUUGAUCAAAUGAUGCUAGAGAAGGUCUAUGAGGAUGCUCUUAGUGCUCUAGCCAAACCUUUGUCCCAGCCUCACACGCCUGUUGCUGGGCUGGAAGCAAAAUUAAAUGAGAUUCCUGUUGAGUGGGUGUUGGGAAAGUUCAUUCUAAUGGACACUUCAGAUGAUGGUUUCUACGUGGGUUGUGACUAUUGUAACAUAAGGGUUUAUGCCAUGGAAGGGGUGACUUUUGAAUGCAUGUUCUGUGGUCAGAAAAAAGGGAAAUCAGUUAAGAGGUUCCGGCUUGAUGCUUCACUGAGUGAUGGAACCUCUAGCGUUCCCGUGACUCUCUUCACAGCGGACAUUCUGUCCCUAUUUGAAUUCGUGCACAUGGACGUAGAAGACACCGUUGAUCUCGAGGCAUUUGACGCAAAACUGCAAAAAAUUGACAUUAUCGCUGGCGUGAAACGCACUAAAUUUAAUGAAGAGCGAGCCCAAGGGAACCCGUACACUGUAGUGUGUGUCGCUGAACCAAAACCUUUCACAGAUGCUGUUGGCAAGGACAAAAUUGCCCCGCCAGGACCCAUUUUGCUCCCCAAAGCGAAAAAAAGCCUGAACUUUGAGACUGUCAAAGAUCUGCCUGUGCAUGGAACUACUCCUACUGAUGAGCCACUCACAAACCAGCGUGCCAGAAAGCGCAAAUUGUCCGACUCAUAGAUUAUGUUGCCCAUUUGCCCGGUCGUGGGGAUUCCCAGCUGCGUCUGCUCUUAGUUCUUUGGUUGUGCUGCUUGUAUAUAUUUUUUGUUGCCUUGAAGGCUUGUUUUGCUGAAACAUUCGUGGUCUAUAAUUGGUGGCGAGUUGGUCUAUACAAUUGGCUUACUCGCUGCUCAAUUAUUAGUGUCCACGGCCCCUCCCCAAACUUGGUUCUCUGUACAUGCGGUGUUCUUUUUGCACAAGUUACU